CGAAGCAGGAAGGAAAAGCAGGCAGAGGGAAGGGAGGCAGGCUGUGAAUGCUAACAAGCCCGUCGUAAUCACACAGGCUCCGAAGGUAGCGUUUGAUCAAAUAUCUUGUAAUGGAGAGGUACGACGACCACUAUUAAACACCUACUAUGCACCAGUGCCGCGGUCUCCCAGUGCGCGUGCAGCAGCCUCACCGUCGUCGGCACGUUUGAUAAGAAAAACCGUCUUUUCCACUGAGUGAAAUGUAUCGCGACUGCUCGGAAUUCACAUUCUGACAAUGGAGAUUGAAAAUAUCGUGGCCAACACGGUUCUCCUGAAGGCGAGAGAAGGUGGAGGAGGGAAGAGGAAUGGCCGCAGUAAGAAAUGGAAGGAGAUGCUCAAACUCCCCCACAUCAGCCAGUGUGAGGAGCUCCGCCGCAAUAUCGAGAGGGACUACACCAGUCUAUGUGAGAAGCAGCCCAUCGGUCGGCUGUUAUUCCGUCAGUACUGUGACACCAGGCCAGAGCUGAAACGCUGUAUCGAGUUUAUGGAUGCUGUGGCCAUGUACCAGCUAGCUCCUGAUGAGAAGAGGAGGGACUGUGGACUGAAUGUUUUAGACACAUACUUUAAUAAUGGGUCGGCAGCCCAUUUGCCUGACAUACCGCAGGAUGUGGUCGCUGGGUGCUGGGAGAGGUUGGAGCAGAGUCCUUGUAAGGAGCUCUUCAAUGACUGCACCAAAAUAGUUCGUGAUUAUCUGAGUGGAGCUCCAUUUUCCUCCUACCAGGAGUCCAUGUACUUCUCUCGCUUCCUGCAGUGGAAAUGGUUGGAGAGGCAACCAGUAACCAAAAAUACCUUCAGACAUUAUAGAGUACUAGGAAAAGGUGGAUUUGGCGAGGUUUGUGCCUGCCAAGUACGUGCCACCGGUAAGAUGUACGCCUGUAAAAAGCUGGAAAAGAAACGAGUGAAGAAAAGAAAAGGUGAAGCAAUGGCACUAAACGAAAAACGCAUUUUAGAAAAAGUUAACAGUAGUUUUGUAGUUAGUUUAGCCUAUGCCUAUGAGACCAAGGAUGCUCUGUGCCUGGUGUUAACCAUUAUGAAUGGCGGUGACUUAAAAUUCCACAUCUACAACAUGGGCAACUCGGGCUUCGAUGAGCAGAGGGCCAUCUUCUACGCUGCUGAGAUCUGCUGUGGCCUUGAGGACCUGCACCGUGAGAGAAUAGUCUACAGGGAUCUGAAACCUGAAAACAUCCUUCUGGAUGAUCGUGGCCACAUCCGAAUUUCAGACUUGGGCCUUGCAGUUCAGAUCCCUGAAGGAGAGACGAUACGAGGGAGAGUGGGCACUGUUGGAUACAUGGCUCCUGAAGUGAUUCAAAACGAGAGCUACACCUUCAGCCCGGACUGGUGGGGACUCGGCUGUCUGAUCUUUGAGAUGAUCCAGGGCCAGUCACCUUUCCGCAAACGCAAGGAACGUGUCAAGAGGGAAGAGGUGGAUAGACGAGUGCGUGAGGACCAGGAGGAGUACUCUGAUAAGUUCUCUGAGGAUGCAAAGGACAUCUGCAGACAGCUCCUGGCUAAAGACCCCAAGGAGCGACUGGGUUGUCAGGGUCACGGGGCCAUAGAGGUGAAGCAGCACCCCAUCUUUAGAAACAUAAACUUCAAACGACUAGAGGCCAACAUGUUGGACCCUCCCUUCAGUCCUGAUCCCAGAGCCGUGUACUGUAAAGAUGUCCUGGACAUUGAGCAGUUCUCCACUGUCAAAGGUGUCAACCUUGACCCCACCGACGAUGACUUCUACCACAAGUUUGUCACAGGCAGUGUCUCCAUCCCAUGGCAGAAUGAGAUGAUUGAGAUGGAGUGCUUCAAAGAAAUCAAUGUGUAUGAGACCGAUGGGACGCUGUGUCCAGACCUGGACAUGAACCGGCCUAACCCUCCACCAAAGAGAGGCUUCUUCUACCGCCUGUUCAGAAGAGAGGCAAGUGCUAGUGCUCCUGCAACUGUCCGAGGGGGUGGGGGCUAAGGUCUGUUUUAAGGGCGGUUACAGUGACGAUGAGAUUGAAGAGCCCUCACGACUUUAAACCACUCCCUCCACCUGCCUCAUCCUCCCCUCCCACCGCUGAACUUCACCACAAACUCCAACCGAGCGCAAAUUUUAGGAACUCAGUGAAUGUUGACCUGUAUUUAUGAGCUGUAUUAAAAGUGUAUUAUAAUUAAAGAAAAAAGUAUGAGUUUAAAGAUUUUGUACAUUUGUACUUGAAUUUAUGUCUAGAUGUAUAUUUUCACUAAAGGUUGUAUUGUACAAAAAGCCAUAAAAGUACCACUUGAAUGCAUACAUUACAUUUUUAUUUCUUUUUUAUUUUCUUUUGGAAUGAGUGUGGAUUAUGUGUAUCGGGGAGUUUUUUUUUUUUUUUUUUUUUUUUUUUUUUUAAGAAGCACAGUACCAGUAGUUAUUUUAUUUUUCCAAUGUAGCAUCAGGCCUUUUUUUGUUUUCUAUGUGCUGUAUGUGUUUCAUUGAUUUGGCAAAUGUGACGUGGCGCUAGCACAUCAGAUCCACCUGAUUCCAAAUGUAAGCCUCUGUAACCCCUCAAGGCUCAGGUAGAUCUGAAUGAAACGUGUACAUCCAAAUGAUAUGAGGGAAAAAAAGUUAAUCUGAUGUAACAUUGCUGCGUUGAUGCCAUGCUGCUUAAACUUCACGUAUGUGUUCCCAGAUCUCAAAUGCCCCCUUUGAUUGAAAGACGCCUCGUUGGUUUGGGAAUCUUAAUAGUCUGAUGAAUUCCCAUAUCUGAGUGAAAGCAGAUUGCACUUGAUUGGGUAGCAAGUGGAAGUAUUUGGUUGGAGUGUGAUGUAAACAGUCUUCUAGGUGCGUGUACCAACUUGAUUUGAGCAAAGAUGAUACUGAUUUAGGUCUGACAAUCUUAUAGUCAGCAUGCACAUCCUUAAAGUACAAAAGAAAUAUUAUGGGGGCCUUUUUCUAUAUUUUAAGGCCUUAUAAUCCUCUAGCAGUUUUUUUCUUUAUGGUCUUUCUGAUGUGUCCAGGUGUUAAUGAACAAAUUGCAAGUCCAGAAUAAGAGAGAUUUCCUCCCAUUAUUUUUAGUAUACCAAAACUUCUAGGACUUGGACAGGUUCACUGGAGAAUGACUUGGAAAAUGUAGACAGAUGGAGGGACAAUGAUGGCACUGUAUCAGAGAUGGUAUUACCUGCAGCUGACAAAGGCUUCAUCUGAAUAAUUUUGCUGUUACAUUAAACCAGCUUCCUGAGAUACAGCCUGCUUUGGCCUCUGUGCCCAUUGACCAUAGAUAGCACGAUGCCUGUCAGCCACAUAUCCUGCUAGUAGACCUCCAGUUAUAUCCUGUGGCUUUAGCUGUGUGUGUACUAGAUAAAAAAAACAAAACAAUUGUUAAUAGUAAUAGUGCCCACCUUUACUGUUCCAUCGAAGUCCUGUAUGUUGUCAUCUCAUAGAAAUGACUCGAGGCAGUUGCUUGUAUUUGUGUGCAGAUGGGGAGGAGUAUUUACAUCAUCUGUGUACAAAAACACUCGACCACUUGCAGAUCCCAAAAUGUCCAGCACUUUUGUUUUAGCUUAGAACAUUUUUUUUUUUUUUUAAUUUCCAAGUUGACUCCUCAUUUCCUAAACACAUACUAAUCAGGAUUUAUUAUGUUCACUAUUUGAUCUUUUUGAGUAUUACUUUUGAGGCAGUUGCUGUUUUUCUCUCCAACUGUUUUAAUGCUGUGAAUACCCAAUUUGGACACAUUACCUUUUUAUGUGUGUUUAUAAAUACAUUGUAUGAAAAUGCAGCUUUUGUUAAUCCAAUGCAUUAAAGUAAAUGUGAUAUACUAUCCAUGCGGGAGAUGGGAUUCAGCCGGCUAAAGAAUGCUCACAAAUUAAUUUUAACUGUACAGAUUUGCAAUGUCUGCAUUUUGUUAAUACAAUAUUUCCGUAUCAUAAAAACUGAACAAAAUUUUACUCAAGGUUGCCUACAUUUUAUAAGGUACGCAUAUAGGUCCCUAUUUUAACUAAUCUGAUCUGAGAUUUUGUCCCCUGCUGUACAUUCCAUUAUCAAAAUCGGGACUCUAAUAUGAUGCAUCAACUUGUCAUCACUUGAGUUUCUGAGUGUCUUUUAAAUUGUUUUUUUUUUUUUGUGUGUGUGUUUUGUUUUUUGCUUUAAGGCACAUUUCAACAAUGAUUUCUCUUGCCGAUGUAGAUUUUAGCCUUUUAGCUCUUAGCCUCAAAAACCUUGUAAAUGAUGUAUUUCUAACAUGUAAGUAAGCUCUAACACACAUUGACUCACUCUCACAGGGAAUCUGAACUGUGUUUGCCACCCUUGCCUCCGUCAUUAUUUGGAGUAACUGUACCCAUACAUCAUUCAUAUAGAAGUAAAGAAAUUCUGUUUAGUUUCAUUGCACUAUGGUGUGUUUGGACAAUGAUUAUAGGAAGUGUCUUUAACUUUUUUGCCAAUGAUACCAAAAGCAACAUUAAGUUAAUCAAACUGGUUUAACUAAAGAAAGACUGACAGCCUUUUAUGGGAUGUGCCAAUUGCCAAGUUAAGUUGUGACGCCCCCCCCCCCCCCCCCCCCCUUUAUACUUCCGUCCAUUCAGAGAGAAUUCCUUCCCAUAAAGGAACUUUAAACAGCUCAACAGUUAUGAAUGUCCGCACUAAGUGCAUUGUAAUGCCUGUUUAAAAAAAAAAAAAAACAUAUGUUUUAUUACUCAAGCAUGUAUUGGUUUGUAAUACUUCAGGUUCCUUGUAUAUGUAAAUGA